AUGGAACCGCUCAUCCCAGGUGAGAUUCAUCUUGGAGGCACUGGUCAAAGGCAGAGGGAUGGCAGCAAGGGGUGGCACAUAGCCAUGCCGGAGUUGCAGAGCUACGUUUUGCUGAUCAUUGGCAGAGUUAUUAGCCUUGGUAUCACGCCACUCUCGCCUCCUCCUAUCGAUGACCAGUUCAUAACCCUCGCAUUCCCUGCUUAA